ACUACAUUUAAGUAUAAUUUAAAUUUUAUAAAUACUAUAUUUUACUUAAAGUAAAUUCUAUAGUUAUAAUGUCUUGGUGCCGAGCUGUAUGGCUAGAGGGAUCAGUUGAAGAAGAGCUGACGAUACCUUCAGUGUGGAUUGAAGGAGCAGUAGAUGAAAAAAGGUUUGUGAGGUGGCCUAUUGGUAUGAAUGUUAUAAAAGCAUGUAACCAACAGGCUAUACCACAGAACAGCUGGUUUCGCUUUCCACUUCUUAAGGAGAAGUGUCGUCAUAAUGAUAAAGCAGUUUGUGAAGGAUUUGAUUUUACAAGUGAGGAAUCUGAAGCGCCUUCUGACAAGAAUGAAUUUGGCGAAUUAUCCUGUGAAAAUGAAAAAAGAACUAAAAAUCAAAAGAUACAUAAAAUACCUGCAUGCCCUGAAAUGCCUAUGUUUUCCAGAGCUAGGUCGCGAUCUCCCUACAGUGAGUCUUCAAAUUUUUCUUCUCUGCAAAAUCCUGCAGUUGGAACUUUUGCUAUUCCUGAACUGAAGUUGAGUUUUAAACAGCCAAUUUCAAAGUUAUAUGGUUCAAAAUCUUCAACACAGUCACCAAUAAUACCUAAUUCUUCCAAAACUUAUUCUACUAUUUUAUCACCUGCUGUUAAGUCAACCUGUCAAUCCCAAUUGUUAUCAUCGUCAUUAAAAUCUAAAAUCCCAGUAAAAAAGUUGUCCCUACCCAUGUCUCCAAUUUUAGUAAACCAACCAUCUUCUUCAAGUCAAGUUAUGCUGCCACAAGUAAAUGUAGCUCAAAAUACUAAAACUUCCAUGUCUAUGUUUCCUCUUACAGAAGCUAAAUUCCAAUAUAAAGUAAUUCAUUUGCUGACACAAAUUCUUGAAGAGCAGUGCAAGAUUGGAAAACAUUAUGAACCUGAAUAUUCUGCAUACCAUGUGCAGAAGUUUGAUAAUUUGGAGGAGUUUGAGAGGUUUGAUAAUGAACUUUGUGACAUUGAAAAGUUUAGUCUUUUAAAAAGACAAUUAACUAUGGUUGGCGGCAGUUCGUGCCAUGCAAAUGUUAAAGCAAUACUUUUAAAACUUAUGACAAACAAGUUGAUGGCGUGCUUUAACAUGGAAGGGAAAAAUAAAAAAGCCUUUAAGAAAACAAACAUAAUUAGAGUCAUUGUGGAUAGCAUGCCUAAAUACACACUUUAUGAGGUGCACGAAUCGAUUGGUAAUGUGUUGAAACGUGCUCCAGACAGAAAAGAUGGCGGUGGACGCAGCUAUAAAGCAGACAAAGAUCAAGACUUAUGUUAAUGAUAAAUUGCAAUUAUUCUUAA